CACACACACCGCAGCUCUUCCUCCAGCCCGAGCUGAAGCUGCAGUUCUCUCCCCGGCUCUGAGCGGAUCAACCAUGUUUUCCUGCAGAGUGGCCUGGCAGAGGUGCGGACCUUUAGCCCGCCGAGCAGCUUACAGGCUGCCGGGGGAUGUUGUGCAGCGGCGGCCUAUGUCGUCACUUCCUGGCGGCUCCGGGGAGAACAUACUCUACGCCGCACUGUGCGGUGGAGCCUUUGUCGCUUCUGUGUCAUAUACUUACAUGACCAUAACCGGCGACCAUGAUAGGUACAACAGUAAUGUUGCCGAAAUCAAAGCCAGGCCCAAGACAGAGUGGGCACCUAAACCAUGGCCACCAAAGAGUGCGGAUGAUGAAGAGGGUGGAGAGGAGGAAGAGGAGGCGGCAGAAGAGGCAGCAGAAGAAGAUGCAGUGGCUGUGGCUGUAGAAGAAGAGGCCGAGCUCGGGGAAACGGAGGACGCUCCAGCUGCUGAGAGUGAGGCUGAAACCUUUGUGGAGGAAGUCGCAGAGGUAGUCGCUGAAGCUGCUGAAGUGGUCGCUGAGGUGGCGGAGGAUGUUGCAGAGGCUGCGAAGGAGGUGGAGAGUGUCGCCGAAGAAAUAGCCCAAGUAGCUGAAAGUAUUGAGGAGGCCGCCCAAGCUGUUGCAGAACCCGCCAUCGCUGCCGAGGAGCCAGAAAGCAAUGUGCUGCCGGUAGCUGCCUCUGUUGAAGAGUUAAUGACGACGACUCAAGUAAAGGACGAGUUGGUACCUGCAGAAGAAGCUCCUGCACAAGUGGAAGUUAUACCUGCAGAAGAAGCAGCUGCACCAGUGGAAGUUAAAUCUGUGCUUGAAGAGGCCCCUGCACCAGUAGAAGUUGCACCCGCAGAAGAAGCGGCUGAACCAACAGAAGCACCAGUUGUUGAGGAGGCUCCUGCACCAGUUGUUGAGGAGGCUCCUGCACCAGUUGAGGUCAUAGCUCCAGAAGAGAUGCCUGCACCAGUUGUUGAGGAGUCUCCUGCACCAGUUGAGAUGUUAACUCUAGAAGAGGCGCCUGCACUAGUUGUUGAGGAGGCUCCUGCAUCAGUUGAGGUCAUGGCUCUAGAAGAGAUGCCUGCACCAGUUGUUGAGGAGGCCCCUGCACCUGUGGAGGCUGCACCUGUUGUUGAAGAGGCCCCUGUUCCAGUUGAGGUCAUAACUCUAGAAGAGGCACCAGUUAUUGAGGAGGCCCCUGCACCUGUGGAGGUUGAACCAGUUGUAGAAAUCUCUGCACCAGUAGAUGAACCAGUAGAAGAGACCUUGGCACCACUUGUGGAGGCUCCUGCACCAGUUGAAGAAGAGGCUGGACCAGUAGAAGCUACACCAGUGGCGCAAGAGGCAUCAGCUCCAGUAGAACCUGAAGUUUCCUCAGCUCUAGCUGAAGAACCAGUCACUGCUCCAGCUGUAGAAGAGGUUGCAGUAGCCGUCCCUGCAGAAGUAGCCAGUGCUGUGGUGGAGGAAGCAGCGGCAGCCCCUGUUGAGUCCCCGGCAGAAGAGCCUCAGAGAGAGUACAUUGUUGUUGUUCUGGAAGGAACACCAAAUGCAGAGAAGAGGCCUAGGGUGCUCGGAGUGGGGCCGAUGAGUGGUAGAAUCAUCCCAGUGCCAGAUGAUGACGACCUCCCUGCUUCUGAGGGUAGGCGACGUCUUCUUAGGAUGCAAAUGCAGUAGUUCCAAUUAAGUAAACGGUUCCUGAAAGAUUGAACGACCGUCUCGUACAGAAGAUGAGGAUGUGCCUUUCUCCAACAUGUUCCUGUCCUUUUACCCUGACACCCAAGGACCUGUGCAGUUUCACUGCAAAGACACACUAUAGACCAUGUUUAGAUCAAUACUUUCUUUAUGGAACUGUCAUCCAACUAUAUUAGCAGCGAUCCACAUAGCCCAUUACUGUGACACUCCACACUGACCUUUAUGUCUUGACUCUAUAGUCUCACAAUGAACCCAGUCAGUGGUAUAAUACAUCUCUUAUGCAUCAUCCAGUAACCCUUCUUAUUACUGUCUGUUUACAGACGUAACUGAGCCAUUCAGUCUCCCUUUAUUCUCACUGUUACAGUUUACUCCCUAAAAAAUCAGUACAGUGGAAAACCCUAAUACUGCACUCUGUUCAUCCAAUCACUGGCCCGCCACUGCAGUGUUACCUCUUCAAGUGAGUCACCAGCAAUCAUUACAUGACCCGACCUCAGGUCUUCCCAAUGCUUGUAUUGGUGUGAAAAUGAACAGAUGGAAACACUUGUUUUAUCUUUCAUGAUGAAAUGCAAAAAUGUGCAUAGUAGUUGUGUUGUUACCUCAGUUUCCCUCAGUCUUUGAAAUGACACUUCAGACCUCUUUUUUUCACUGCAUAAAGUGAGUUUGUUCCUUCUUACUUGUAGAUAAUCUGAUGACUAUACAGUGAAUGUGCAAAUUUACAUGAAGAUUUAGCUCAGCAGCAUGCUCCAGUUAGGAAAAGGCAGGAGAAAGUAUAAUUAUCAAGCUUAUGUGUAAGUUAUUGCUUCUUUCCUUUUCUGAGUGUUGUUUUGCUGUGGCAGUCCGACCUAUGUGGAUGUCAUUUCAAGGCCUGCAGCAAGAGUGAACAGUUAUGAGUUAUGAUGUGCUAGUGUCACAUGAAACGUGUGUUUGGGAAGUGUUGCAGUAUGUCUGAAGAAAAGUCUCCGGUGUGAUAUGCUUUGAAAGCUCUGUCCUUGUUCUUUGAUUUCCCAUUUCACGUGCUCUCAGCUCUUACCUUGAAUUUCUGGUUUUCUUAGUUUGGCAUUCACAAUGUUAAACUGAUGUGAGAGGAUUGAAUAUGAUUGUUUGUGUAUAUUUAAAAAAUUGAAAUGAGUUUCAGAAAGUUCCUCUGCUUCUGUCAUUAAUGUUCACAGGCAGGUUUCUGUAGUGAGCUGUGAGUAGAAGCCUUCGACUAAACGUAGGGCAACAUCUGUGUCUGUGAGACUUAACUGUUUUUCUUGUUUCACUAAAUAAAAAGGGAUUAAAUAUUU